AUGAAGAUUCAGUGCGAUGUUUGUAACAAAAAGGAGGCCACCGUCUUCUGCACCGCCGAUGAGGCCGCCCUCUGCGAUUCCUGUGACCACCGCGUCCACCACGCCAACAAGCUUGCUUCUAAGCACCAACGUUUUACCCUCCAUAUUUGCCCUUCUAAACAAGUCCCUCUUUGCGAUAUUUGUCAGGAGAAACGAGUUUUCUUCUUUUGUCAACAAGAUAGAGCAAUUCUAUGCAGAGAUUGUGAUUUUUCAAUUCACUCUACAAACGAGCAUACCCAAAAACGUAACAGAUUCCUUCUUACAGGGGUUAAGCUUUCUUCAACAUCUGCCAUCUACACACAAUCCAACGGUUGUGAUUCAGUCCCUGAAUUCAAGUUUCAAUCAAAUUUCAAUCCAUCUGCAACAACAGCAGCAGCUUUGGUUAACAAAAGCAAUGGAGAAAAUAACUUGUUAGGAAAUGAAGGAGAUGGCUCAACGAGUAGCAUAUCUAAGUACUUGAUAGAGAUGCUACCAGGAUGGCACGUUGAAGAUUUCCUUGAUUCCUGUGGACCUCCCUUCUGUUUCUGUAAGAGUGAUGAUGAUGGGAUGUUGCCAUUUUUUGAUACUGAACUUCAAAGCAAUAUGACAAGUUCCUCACAAGAAAGUUUAGGUCUUGGGGUUCCCCAGUAACGUCUCCUCUCGAUCUUCUCCCACAUUCAAUUGGGUUCAAAGAGACAAAGGAAACUACGAGCCUGAAAGCUACCAAGAGAUGAACAAAUGAUGCGUUUACAGUUCCACAGAUCUGCCCUCCGGCCAUUUGAUCCAAGAGAUCAAGGCCAGUUUGGUAGAAUCAUCAGACAAGGAACUCAAAGUUCCUAUCUUUUCCUUUUUCGUUUUCCUUAUAUUUUCUUGCUAAGUUGAUUGAAGAUUGAUGUUUCUUUUUCCCUACCCUAAUGGGGGUUCGUUUUGUUUGUACCAUUUUCUUCUUCAACUACUUCGUAAAAAUCAAUGAAAAUUUUUCAAGUUU